AUGUCUACCAAAACGUAUAAAAAAUCAGAAAAUCAAAUAGCAGGUGAAUUGUCUGAUAAGAUGACAAUCUAUCAGGAUUGUAUGAAUACGUUCAAUGAGUUGCCUGUAAAUGCUAAGAGAUGUCGUAUCUUAAUUUCUCGUCUAUUAAGGUUAUUAGCUAAUGGUGAAACAUUCCCUGAAAGCGAAGCUACUGCGUUAUUUUUCUCUGUCUCCAAAUUAUUCCAACACCAAGAUGAUUCACUAAGACAAAUGGUUUAUCUUGCUAUCAAAGAAUUAAGCAGUAUUUCUGAUGAUGUCCUUAUGGCCACUUCUUCCAUUAUGAAAGAUAUUCAAAACGGGUCCAAUUUAGUCAAACCUAACGCCAUUAGAUCUUUAACUUAUGUGCUAGACGAAUCCACUGCGUUCUCCGCUGAAAGAUUAUUGAAGAGUGCUGUAGUGAACAAACAUCCUGCUGUAUCUAGUGCAGCUUUGUGUACUUCUUACCAUUUACUGCCAAUUUCUGAAACUACAAUCAAGAGAUUUUCUAAUGAGGCACAAGAGGCUAUCGUUGAUUUAAAACAGUUUCCACACUCUUCAAUGGAUAAUAGUGAAUUUUAUCCAAAUUCAACUUUUAUCUCUCAAUACCAUGCAUUAGGUUUAGUUUAUCAAUUAAAAAAAAAUGAUAAAAUGUCUUUAUUAAAACUUGUUAGACAAUUUGCCGAAGCUAAUACUCUUAAAAAUCAAUUAGCUAAAGUUCAGUUAGUCAAAUUAGUCAAUGAUUUGAUUCAUAGAGACCCACAGUUAUUCACACAAUUCCAAUCUUUAUUAGAUAACUGGUUAACAAACAAAUAUGAGUCUGUUCAAUUAGAGACUGCUAAAUUGAUUACUUCUUUUUCAAUCAACAACAGUCAUCUUGUUUCACAAGAAUUGUAUAUUUCUGCUAUUAACACACUACGUUCUUUGUUGACUGUUCCACGUGUUACUACCAGGUUUGCUGCAUUAAGAGUAUUAAAUAGAAUCUCUAUUAAUAACCCAGAAAAGAUUAUGGUUUGUAACCCAGAAUUGGAAUCAUUAAUUAAUGAUUCAAAUAGAAAUAUUUCUACUUAUGCAAUCACCACUUUGUUAAAGACUGGUAACGCUAAAAAUAUUUCUUCUUUAGUCUCCACUAUAACAAAAUUCAUUCAUGAAGUUUCUGAUGAUUUUAAGAUUAUUAUUAUUGAUGCAGUACGUACUUUGUCCUUAAAUUUCCCACAAGAGUGGAAAUCAAUAGUCAAAUUUUUAAUUGAUGUGUUAAAAAAUGGUGAAGGUGGUUUGAAAUUCAAAAACAGCAUCAUUGAAGCAAUCAUUGAUAUUGUUUCAUUUAUUCCACAAUCCAAAGAAUUGGUUCUUGACAAUUUAUGUGACUUUAUUGAAGACUGUGAAUAUAAUGAAAUAUUAGUCAGGGUUUUACAUUUACUAGGUAAAGAAGGUCCAUUUACAUCUAAACCUUCCUUAUACGUUAGGCAUAUCUAUAACAGAGUCGUAUUAGAAAACUCCAUUAUUAGAUCUGCUGCUGUCAUUUCAUUAUCUAAAUUUGCUUUAACCAAGAAUGAUCCAACAUUAAAAGACUCCAUUGUCAGUCUUUUAAGAAGAAUUGCUAAUGAUCAGGAUGAUGAAGUUAGAGAUAGAGCCACAAUUGCAUUGGAGUUAAUUGAUGCUUCUGAAAAUAAACACAGUCUUGUUGCUGAACAAUUAAUUCAAUCCAAAUAUUAUUAUGACUUAAACUCAUUGGAAAACAAGUUAACUAAUUAUAUGUCUGCAAACGAUGAUUCAUUCAAGACUCCAUUUGAUGUAUCAUCUAUUCGUAAAUUCACUGAAGAUGAGGUUAAAGCCAUGAAAUUGAAGAAAAAACAACAACAAGCUGUUGGCAAUAAUGUCGAAAAUACAAAGGAUGCUGUUGUACCAGGAACAAAACAAACAGAUAACAGAAUUGAUAAUGACACUUACCAAGGUGCAAAUCUUCAAGAACAUCAAGAAGAUUUAUUAGAAACAAAAUAUGCUGAUGAAUUAUUAUCUAUUGAACAAUUCAAAGAAUUUGGUAAUUUAAUAAAUUCAUCAAAACCAAUACCAUUGACUGAACCAGAAGCAGAAUUUGUGGUCCAUGCAGUCAAACAUUUGUUCAAAGAUCAUGUAGUCUUCCAAUUCAAUGUUUCUAAUACAUUGACCAACGUCGUUUUAGAUAAAGUUACUGUGGCUUGUUCUUCAGAGGGAGACAACCAAUUGGAGGAACUAUUCACAUUACCAAUUGAUAGAUUAUUACCAAAUACCGAAGCUGCUUGCUAUGUUGCCUACAAGAAAGACGAGGCCUUCGCAAUGGAAGGUUUUAUAAAUAUCUUACAUUUUACGACUAGAGAGUUAGAUCCAGAAACCAAUGAACCAUUUGAAAAUGACGAAGGUUUCGAUGAUGAAUAUGAAAUUGAUCCAAUAUAUUUGACUGCUGGUGACUAUGUCAAGAGCUCAUUUACUGGUAAUUUUGAAAACACCUUUGCUGAAUUACCUAGUGAAGAUGUUGCUGUAUACAAUAUCAAAGAAGACCUUUCCUUACAAGAAAUUACUGAUAAGUUAAUCUUGAACACAAGUUGUCUACCUGUAAGUAAUACCCAAUUUGCUCCAAAUGACACCAAUUCUCAUACUUUGAAAUUGUUUGGGAAAAGUGUUUUUAAUGGUUCCAAGGUUGCAUUAGUUGUUAAGAUGAUUAAAAGUUCAAAGGGUAUUGCUUUAAAGGCUCAAGGUAGAGGUGAAGAUGCUACUUUGUGUGCUGAUUUAGUUAACAACCUUAUGUAA